UGUGCGGGCUCUUCGAUGCAGUGCGCGUGGGGUCUUAGUUCCCCUGCACUGCAAGGCGGAUUCUUAACCACUGGACCCCCAGGGAAGUCCCUCAGCGGCCUUUUGGUUGAGGCUCUCCAGGCGCACGCUCAACUCCCCCGACCUCGUCUGCCUUCCCGAGUUUUUCCGCUCUGCUUUUGGCCCCCAGUUCCUUGGGGGCUGAGUCAGUCACUGGUGAAUACAGUAAUGUUCAAUCUUGAAAAGUCUGGAACUAGCUCGUCCGAGUAAAGAGUUGGUCACAAAAAACCUACUAGGUAAUAACAUAGUGUGGGUAGGAAUAUUUUCCUUUUUCGAAGUUCACUGCAAUAAACAAUUUGUACAGUUUAAGUAUAUUGGGAAAGGAAGAUAAUGCAGGUGGGCUGGUAAUCAAAUAGAUUAUAUAUUUGAUUAUAUAGAGAUAUAAAUUAAAUAUGUUUUAAUAACUAAAGAAUAUUUAUAAUUAAUUGUUUUAAAAAAUUUUUAAGUGCUCCGCAAAGGAGUUUGAGUUUUAGGAGGGCGGCUCCAGUCAGCUAUGGAGCUGGGCCGGCGGGGGUGGGGGCUGGUGCUCGGGGCAGGGGACCACCCUGAGGGUCUGCUGCUCCAGUCCAGGUGAGAGGUGGUCGGUACACGCUCUGCCCGCCGGCCCUGGGCCCCAUGCGGGCACCUUCUCUCUCGAGGAGGGAUUGCCCUGCUCUGGCAGUGGCCAGAGAUGGAGGAAGGAGAGAGGGCAGGUCACCUGGAUAAGGAGAGGAGGGAGGGUGAUGUUGGGGAGCCCCCUUGCGGGGCCAGGCGGUAGGGGGACAGCAGGGAGGGAGUGCCCCUAGGCUUGCCUUGGGGGGUGAUGCUCCAAUUCUGGGUCUGGCCCGGCUGGCUGGGUGGUCUUGGACAAGCCCCCUUCCCUGCUCUAUGCCUCGUCUGAGAAAUGAGGAUAACUCCCUUCUGCAGAGGGGGGGGGCCGUGGGGAGCCGUGGUUGCCAGGUUGGAGGACCGUUUGGACGAGGAGAUUCCACAAGGCGCGGCAGGGCUGUCCCUGGGGCUGCCUGGACCCCAGGACUGGCUCCUCUUUCCGUGGCCCCUCCCCAGCCAGGCCCUCCUGGAGCAGGGGUGGGGUGCAGUUUUCCUCUUCAGACCCCUCCCUUGCAAUGCCAAAGCCUUGGGCCCAGCACAUUCAGCCCCUAAGCGGUCCAACCAGUUGUCUGGGAGAAAGGGGGCAUGUGGGAGGGGCAGCAGGAGGUGCCAGAAGCAGCCUCCCCCAGCCCAGCACGCACAGCGGAGCCUCUGGGGCUCCGGAUGCUGCAGACAGACCCUCGGACAGACAGACAGUUGGACGCUUGGCCUGGCCAUGAGGCUCAGCGGGGGACAGUCUUCUCUUCUGACGGCACUGUUGCCGCUGCUGACCUGCCUCCAUCUGGGGAUGAGUCUGGAGCACAUCAGCUACGCGCCCCAGCUCUCAAGUGCCACCCUGGCAGGGAGACUUACCCAGCCCACCUUCACACUGGAGCAGCCGCGGGGCCAGUUCAGUCACCUUAACGUCGCCGACUUUGACGCCAUCUGGCUGGUGUUGGCCCACAGCAAUGCCCCCCAGAGCUUCACUGCCCCACAGAGGGUGGAGGACACCCCGGUCCCUGCCAACUUGCCCCAGAGGGGCUACUACGUCACGCUGAGGACCAGCUGAGCACUCUACCCGGGCGGCCAGCCCGGCAACGAGCUCCGGGUCCUCCGUGUCGCCAACGAUACCUGCUGCUCCCCGAUGACAAGAGGCUGCCACCACCCCCUGCCGGGCCCGGGCCCCUACUGAGUGAAAUUUCUGGUGGUGAGAGACAGGGGACCCAUGGCUGAGACAGAGUGGUCCAGUGAGACCCACCUGCAGCAAGCCGAGGCACUCCAGGCUGCCCCAAGGCCCCAGAGCGCGGGCGCCGUGGUCAUCGUUGCCAUCCUGUUGGUCCUGCUGGCCGUCGUCCUCACUACCCUCGUCACCCUGCUCAUCUACACCUGCUACGACACCUGUGGGAGCACACCUGUGGGAGCACGUCCAUCUCUGCCCGGGGAGCUGGCGUGCAUGAGAAGAUAUAACGCCCACCACAUGUUCAGCCCUUCAGCCGAGGGGGGCUCCUGAGAGGCUCCAGGGGGCCCCCAUCUGCCCCUCUGCCUCGCCCCUGGUCCAGGCUGCAGAGCAUGGGCUGGGGGCUCGCGCUGCUGCUUCAGAGCCCUGGGAGAGAGUGUUUCCAAAUAAGGAAGUGGGGGGAGGGUGUCCUUAGUCCAAAGCUUGGGCCUGUCCCUGUUAGAAAUAAAUGUCCCCAUUAUUGGGGACAGCCCCCUGAAUGGCUGUGUCAUUGUACACCUGGGCAGUCUCCCUGCAUCCCUGUCCCCAGCUCCUCUUGGGAGGAUACAGCAACCGGGGGUGAAGCCCAGGGUCCUAGGCCAGCUGAGCCAUUGGGGCAGGGCAAGCCUCUCUUCUGGCCUCAAUGGCCCUGUCUGUAAAGUGGGGGUGAUUCCAGUGGUCCCCCUGGGCCCGAUGGAGCCGAACCAAGGGGGUGGUUGUGCCCACCUGCCCUGCGUGUCUGGCGCUUGCUGGUGCCACCCCCGCCCCCACCUCCUCCUCUUCUUCUUUUUUUUUAAUAUUUAUUUAUUUGGCUGCACCAGGUCUCAGCUGCGGCACACGGGAUCUUCAUUGCCGCGUGCGGGCUUAGUUGCUGCAUGCGGGAUCUAGUUCCCUGACCCAGGAUCGAACCGGAGCUCCCCGCAUUGGGAGCGCGGAAUCUUAACCACCGGACCACCAGGCACGUCCCCCCGCCUCCCCUUUGUGGUCUCCCUCCAUCUGGCCUCUCCUCCUGCCUGGAGGACUUAGAGCUUCUAGGCUUCACCCUGACCUCUGUGCUCACGCCGGGGUGGGGGUGUGGAAAUGCGUGAGAAGCUGCAGCUCCUGGAGAUGCCUGGGCUCAGGCUCGGGCCCCGAACCUAAUGCGGGGCACCAAGCACCUGUCGUCAUCCACUCCACUCCAGGCCAGGCCCCCCGGGGCCAAGAUGACCCAGCAAGGUUCUGUCCUCAAGUCACCCACCGCUGUGUGGGAGAGGAGGGGAAACCAGCCAGCACAAGGGAUGGAGGGAGUGCAGAGGUUUGAGGGCUGGAGGAGGCUUCCUGAGCAGGCGUAGCCUUGGAGGAGGGGCCACACUGUGACAGGUGGACCCGGGAAGGGGACCCAGGCAGGAUCAGCAGCAUGUACAAAGGCCUGGAAACCAUGGUGACUGCUGGGUGGGCAGGUUGGGGACAGCUGGAGGGUGGGGUGAGGGGCCGCGAGGAGGCCAGGGGAUGCCCCUUGCUACGUGAAGGGCCUCACCCCCUGGGGCAUGGGGCAGGGAAGGAGGGCUCUGGCUGCAUGCCCAGGUGCCUGUGUCCGGGUGGUGCAAAUGGCCCUAAUGGGUUUAUUAAGCCGGUGCACACACAGCUGGCUCUUGCUGUGGAGGAAAUGGUCACAUGACCAGCCUGGGAGGGGCAGGGAGGGGAGGGGGGCACACAGAAUUCCAGCCUCUGCCCAGCUAAGCCUUGAUCUCUCCACAGCCUUUCCAGAGCAGCCAUGAGCCCCGACCCUGGGGCUGGGUGACCUUGGACAUAUCACUUACCCUCUCUGGGCCUGUUUUCCCCUUAAUGUAAAAGCGAAGGUUGAACUGGGUAACUCUAAGGCCCUGCACUCCACCAGCACCCAGUAUGGGUCGGACACUGGCAGGAAACAGAUGGCACGCUGUCUAAUGGGGCAAUUGACAGCAUUUACAAGGGUUUGGGCAGCAUAUUAAGGGGACCCAGGGCACCGAUGGGGCCAUAAGCACUCCUGUCCCUGAGGGGCUGGUGGUGUUUCCAGAGCCAGUGGGCAGGAGCCACGGGCAAGGGUCUGCCUGGCAGGAGCGGGGGGCUGUAGGUAGAGGGAGCCGGGGGACUAAAUACCCCGGCCUUUCUCCUCUGGCCUUCUGAUCGCGUGCUGACCACACCUAACCAGAAGCAAGAGGGCGGGGGGUCUGGACGGUGUGGUCCAUGUGCCAGCUAGACCUGUGUCCAGAGCAGGACAGAGAGGGGCCAAGAAUGGCCUUAGAGGGUACUGUGAUCUGUUUUUUACUCACAGCACUUCUGACACCAAAUGUGUGGGGGUUUUCUGUUUGUUUUUUAUUUUUAUUUUGGCCAUG